AUGUGGAGCACCCUUCUGUCGUGGGCGCAGCUGCUGUUCACCGCGGUGAUCUUGCUGGGUGAAUACCUGUGCAGGAGCCUAAUCAUCCUGUUCAGAUGCACGCCCACUAGAAGCGUAGUCAGAUAUUUUCGAGAAUUUCCAUUGGUCAGCGCACUCAUUGGAUCGACUCGACACUUCAAGAGCGCCUUGGAGCUUAUCGAGUCUAGUGGCUACUCUUGCCAGAGGCACUACGCGAAAACGGAGGAUGGCUGGUACCUUUGUCUCCACCACAUCUGUCCGAACUCGGCAGAGGGCGUCAGCAACGCCAAAAAGCCCGUCGUGCUGAUCAUGCACGGCUUCAUGCAGUCUUCCGAGGCGUGGCUGGUUCGCGGAGACCCCUCGCACUCGCUCCCGUUCAUUUUGUCCAGCAAAGGCUUUGACGUUUGGCUUGGAAACAACCGAGGAAACACUUACUCGCACAAGAACCAGUUCUACAAACCCUACGAGACGAAGUACUGGGACUUCUCCAUCGACGAGCUCGCUUCGAUCGACUUGCCGGCCAUGAUUCACUACGUUCUCAAGUACACCGGCGCAGAAAAGCUCAGUUACAUCGGGUUCUCCCAGGGAAGCGCGCAGGCGUUCGCGUCGUUCUCGCUAAACCGAGACCUGGCAAAAAAAAUCAGCCUGUUCGUCGCCUUGGCGCCCACCACCAAGGUCAGGGGGAUCAGCCACAGGUUCCUCAAGACGCUCAUCAACGUCAAGCCGGAGAUAUUUUUCACGCUGUUCGGGAGAAAGGCGCUGAUUUCGUCCUUCUUCUUUUGGCGAGGCGUCCUGUCGGAGCGGUGCUUCGUCUGGCUCAUCGACAAGCUCAACUACCUCAUAUUCGGAUGGACGAUGAAAAGACUCUGCCACGAAGAAAAGGCAAUCUUGUACAACCACCUCUACUCCUACACCUCCGUGAAGGUCGCCGUCCACUGGUUCCAAAUCCAACAGGCAAACCAGUUCCAGAUGUACGACGACGCCCAGCGCAGGCGCAACCGAAGCGACUACCAGGCGUACUUCAUCCCCGUCUACGACCUCAGGCUGAUAGAGUGUCCCGUGGCGCUGUUCUACGGCGGGUCGGACACGCUGCCAAAUUUCAACAGCCUCUUGGACGAGCUGGUCCCCAUUUACAUCAACAAGGUCAGCGAGUACGAGCACCUGUGCUUCAUGUGGGGCAAGCAGUCUCACGAAACGAUUUUCGUGGAUAUCGUCGACUUGCUCAAAAAAUAUAACUCCCCAUCGCCUCCUCCCGCCGCGACUCCUGACGGCAAGACGUAGGACCGUCCCGGCUCCGAGGUCUGUAGCGAACUCUGCGUGCCGAUCGACGGCGCCCGGCCG